AUUGUUUACUAUCAUUUAUCAGUUAUCAGUUAUCACACUGAAAAACGCUUUCGAGUUCGUUUAUGAGUUAUGAACUGAGUCUGUGUACACAAACAGUUAAUGUGAAUAAUAAUUAAUACAUCUUUUAUUUUCAUACUUCAUUGUUUUUAACAGUUAAACGUUUUAUACUGUUAAGGCAUUAGGGAUUAUUGUAUUUCGUUUUUUAGUCAAGCUAAUUAAAUCGGUAAUUCCUAAAAUGAAUAAAAGAAAACUAGAAGAAGAGAUUUUUCAACAGAAUAAGUUUGAAAAAUUAAAUAAUGUAGCUGAUUCGGAAGACGACGACGACGAUAGUGUUGAUGAAAAUAAUUAUGAUGUCAUGCAAGAGCAAGAUAUUGAAGGUCAAGAAGAAGGAGUUGUUGGUCAAGAUGGUGAGAUACGAAUCACACCAUUUAAUAUGCAAGAAGAACUCGAAGAAGGGCACUUUGAUAAAGAAGGAAUGUAUCACUGGAAAAAAGAGAAAGAUGUACAGGACAAUUGGCUAGAGAAUAUUGAUUGGUGUAAAAUUAAAGAUAUGUCAAAAGAAAAGAAGAAAACUGAUGAAAGUGAAGAAGAUAAUGUAGAAUUCAAUGUUGUUGCUGCUUAUAAAGAAAUCUUAAGUAUGAUGGAGCCCAAAGAGACCAUUUCAAAAUCAUUAAGGCGUUUAGGUGGAAACAAACGACUUACAACUGCUGAAAGAUGGAAAUUAAAAAAGGCAGGGUUAAGUACUGAUGAGGGUUCAUCUACGAAAGUCACUAGACUUACAGAGCUUGCUAAUCAAAUUUUAACAGCUAAUGGCAACAUGGAUGUUUAUCAAGAAACUUAUGAGCAGAUUUCUCAGAUUAUUUCAAAAUCAGAAAAAAGAGGCCAACCUUCAACUUCUAUGUCAUCAGAUUUAGAUAUGUAUGCAGAAGAUUUUGAUUUAAAAGAAAAGGAAAAAUUAGAAAGUACAAACCAGAGUGAUAAAGUAGAACCAGAAGAAUCAGAAGAGCUAUUGACAGGAGAGUCAUUACAAUGGGAAUACAAAUUUUCAUUAGAAAGUAAUGAAGUAUUUGGUCCGUAUAAUACCGAGCAAAUGCAAAAAUGGAAAGUAGAAGAUAAAUUUAAGGAACCCAUUUGGGUACGUAAAUGUAAUUCAAACAGUGAUUUUCAUUCAUUCAUACGGGUUGAUUUUGAACUUUAUUUAUAAGUAUUUUUAGUGUAUGUGUUUAUUUAAUUUACUAAGUAAAGUGUAUAAUUAAAAUAGAUUUUAAUCCGGGAAUUGUAACGGUUAAACCAGAAAAAAUUAUUAAUGUUUUAUUUCUCAUUUAUUCUUUGUAACAUCUAUUCCUAGUUUAAAAUUUUCCGAUUUGUAAUACUAUCUGUUCAUUUUCAAGGUUUUAAAUUUAGAUUUAAUUUAAUGUAAUUUAUAUAGUUAUUUUAGUUUUAAUACAUUAAAUUUAUGUUAAAAUAGUUUA